AUGGAUCCAAUUCCAGGUUUAUUUAGGUCUAUCAAAGACUGCUAUGAUCCAUCGAAACUAAUAAAGAGAAAGAAAUCCACCGAAGAUGUCCGCUCUCCUUUGGGAGGAGAGGGCUCUCUCACCAGCGAGGAAGGAGAGGAUCCAGGAGUCGGCAGACGGAAGAAAGCCAGGACUACCUUCACUGGGAGACAGAUCUUCGAGCUGGAGAAGCUGUUUGAAGUGAAGAAGUACCUCUCUUCAGGAGAGAGAGCUGAUAUGGCGAAGCUGCUGAAUGUUACUGAAACUCAGGUAUGUAAAAUUUUUGUUUUCUGUUCCCGAAGCUCGAACAAAUAUCGGUUUUGUUUAGGGGAUUUAAGUUACAAGCGGGAGAUGGAGAUGAGGGCUGUCGUUUUGUCAGUUAGCAUCACUG